AUGGCAACCGUCCAGCAGAUCCGUCACGCGCAGCGCUCGGACGGCCCGGCGGCCGUGCUUGCAAUCGGCACAGCGAACCCGGCGAGCUGCAUGCUCCAGAACGACUACGCCGACUACUACUUCCGCGUCACCAACAGCGAGCACCACGCCGACCUCAAGGACAAGCUCAAGAGAAUCUGUAAGAAUUCGGGCAUCGAGAGGCGCUACGUGCACCUCGACGAGGAGCUCCUCGGCGCGCACCCGGACUUCAGCGACCGCGCGCUGCCGACCCUCGACGCGCGGAUAGACAUGGCCUCGGCCGCGGUGCCCGAGCUCGCCGCGUCCGCCGCGGCCAGGGCCAUCGCCGAGUGGGGGCGCCCGGCCGCCGACGUCACGCACCUCGUCUUCAGCACCUACUCCGGCGGGAAGGCCCCCAGCGCCGACCUCCGCCUGGCGUCGCUGCUCGGCCUCCGCCCCACCGUGUCCCGCACCAUCCUCAGCCUCAACGGCUGCUCCGGUGGCGGCAGGGCGCUGCAGCUCGCCAAGGAGCUCGCCGAGAACAACCGCGGCGCGCGCGUCCUCGUGGCCUGCUCCGAGCUCACCCUCAUCGGGUUCUACGGGCCCCAGGAGGGUCGCCUCGACACCAUCCUGGGCAACGGCAUAUUCGGCGACGGCGCGGGCGCCGUCAUCGUCGGCGCCGACCCCGUCGACUGCAUUGAGCGCCCGCUGUUCGAGAUGGCCUUCGCCACGCAGACGACGAUACCGGAGACCGAGAACGAGAUCACCACGCGGCUCAUGAAAGGCGGCCUCGACUUCCACGUCUCCAUCCGGGUGCCGAAGCUGCUGAAGAGCAACAUCGAGCGCUGUCUGAUCGACACGUUCAAAUCUAUUGGGAUCAGUGCUGAGUGGAACGAUCUCUUCUGGGCGAUCCACCCUGGUGGCCGUGCGAUUUUGGACCACGUUGAGCAACUGCUCGGGCUGGGCGUCGAGAAGCUGGCCGCGAGCCGACGGGUGCUGAGAGAGUACGGGAACAUGAGUGCCGCCACGGUGAUCUUCGUGCUCGAUGAGCUGCGCCGGCGUAGGGCAAGGGGAGAAGAGGUGGCCGAGUGGGGUGUGAUGAUGGCGUUCGGUCCGGGGAUCACGAUCGAGACCAUGGUGCUGCACGCCGCAGGCAGCCUCAAGGAAAACUAG